UUGGGGAAGGGGCGUGUCCUAAGACAAGACGGACCAUACCACUGCCGGUGUAGUCAAUAGACUACCGGCUUUUAAAAAUAACCCAAAACUAUUAAAUAAAGCGAAAUUUAAAAUGUUUAUUUAUAUAUUUUAUCAUUAAUAAUAAUAAUAAUAAUAAAUACAUAUAAUAGACCCAAAGAAAACUUUAUCAGCUCUAAAAAAAUAAAUAAAUAAAUCAUUAUUGGUAACACUUUUCCUGAGUUUUUUUUUUUUUUUUAAUGUAGCCAAUAUGCGUUUGGCAACACAAGAUAUACCCUCUAAAAAUAAAAAAUAAAAUAGAUUUACAUUAGCUUUGUCAGACGUACGUCCACGUAGUUCGCUCUAUUUACAGGGAGGGGGCACCAGCGACGCCAAAAGCGCUUAGCUGAAGCUAAAUCACCGCACUCCAAGGAAACAAAACAAUAUAGAAUAGGGUUGUCGGUGUGCAGCGAGCACAGAUCCUCUCUCGAUACAAAAAGGCGUUUUCCCGUGGAAUGAGCGUUCCAUGCAGCAUCCUAGGUAUGAAUGACGUGGGCUGGCAGGAGUCGAGGGGUGGGGUGCUGCACGCAAAUGGCGCUCCCGAGACCGGGGGCGUCAGAGUCCAUGCCGGAGGUCCCCUAGCUACAGUUGGGGGUGCUGGGCACCUACAGGGCAUGGACAGGAAUCCCAACCUCACUCCAGGUACGCCCCAACCUCCGCUGAGCGGGAGAUCUCAGGAUGAUGCCACAGUCGGGUACUUUUUUCAGAGACAGCCCGGAGAGCAGCUCGUUGGUUGCACAAACAGCAAACAUCGCUGGCCCACUGGAGAUUCUAACCAUAUUGAUCAGAUCACUCAGUGUCUCAGCCAAUCAUGGUGCAGCGACGGCCCGGUCAGGGUUUCCAUGGGAACGGUGAAGCCAACUCCGUGCUUUCACCGCGCUCGGAAGGCGGUGGUCUGGGAGUCAGCAUGGUGGAGUAUGUCCUGAGCUCCUCUCCCGGGGAUAAGAUGGACGGUCGCUACAGGAAUGGUGGCUUUGGUGGAGGGAAUAUCGAUCCGGAUGUAAGAGAGAAAGGUGACUCACAAGACAAAGUUUCACCUUUUGAAGAGGAUAAAAGCCCAGAGAUGAAGGUGGGAGAGGAAAGCGAUCCCACCAAAACCAAUGGGAGAGUUCUGCUCAACGGCAUGGACCGAGACUGUAAAGACUUUAAUCCUACCCCUGGAAGCCGUCAAGCGUCCCCCACUGAAGCCGUGGAGAGGAUGGGUCCCAGUCAGACGGGUCUGGAAAUGAUGGGCCAGCACCACCCUCACGUCCUCCAGCAGCAAAAUCCCGCUCAAAACAAGGUCCCAGGGGAGGACUUCCAGAACCAGGAUCCCCAGAACAUGGGAGGAAUGGAGCAGCAAGCCGGAGUGGAGUCGUUGCAGUUCGACUAUGUGGGAAACCAGAUCCAGAUGGACCACUCAGGAACUCCUGUGGGGUUGUUUGACUACAGCUCCCAACAGCAGUUGUUCCAGAGAUCAAACCCUCUAACCGUUCAGUCGCUCACUCAGCAGCAGCAGUACGCUCUGGCUGCAGCUCAGCAACAACAUCUCGCUGGCCUUGCUCCUGCGUUUGUGCCAAACCCUUACAUCAUUAACGCUGCCCCUCCUGGAGCUGACCCCUACACUGCAGCUGGACUGGCAGCAGCAGCCACACUUACAGGCCCCACUGUCGUACCGCCACAGUACUACGGCGUACCGUGGGGGGUGUACCCAGCCAGUCUUUUUCAGCAGCAGGCCGCAUCCACUGCCAGUCACUCUGCUAAUCAGCAAGCAUCCAAUCAGGGUCCAGGCCAACAGGUAAUGCGCACAGGAACCAACCAGCGACCUCUCACACCCGGACAAGGCCAACAGAGCCAGCAGGAAUCUUUAGCUGCUGCAGCUGCUGCAAACCCUGCACUGGCGUAUGCAGGAAUGCAGGGUUAUCAGGUUUUGGCCCCUGCUGCCUAUUAUGACCAGACCGGAGCUCUGGUGAUGGGCCCCGGUGCCCGAACAGGUCUAGGAGGGCCUGUUCGUCUGGUCCAGACUCCUCUCCUCCUCCCCCCUACAGCCCAACAAGCUGCAGCAGCAGUUUCUGCAUCCGGUUCUGGCAACAACAUGUCGGGACCCCCUGCCAACGGGCUGUACCGCUCCAUCCCUCAACCUCAGCCUCAACCACAGCAGCAGCAGGCUCCCCCGCCCAGCAGCGGUUUGCCCUCCAGUUCAUUCUACGGAUCUGGAUCGGUCCCCAACACUUCUCAAAGCAGCUCACUGUUUUCCCACAACUCUGCCGCUCCGCCCCCAAGCUCCUCGCUGGGCUUCAGCAGCACAGGCAGCUCCCUCGGCGUGGGCCUGGGCUCGGCUCUGGGAGGCUUCGGCUCCUCGAUAUCCAGCUCUACGAGUAGCAGCAUAUCUCGUAGGGACUCUUUGCUGGCGAGUUCUGACCUAUACAAACGAGGCGGCAGCAGCGUGACCCCCAUCGGUCAGCCGUUUUACAACAGUCUGGGUUACUCCUCCUCGCCCAGCCCGAUUGGUCUAACUCCAGGUCACUCCCCACUCACCCCUCCACCGUCUUUGCCCUCUUCUCAUGGAUCCUCUUCUAGCAUUCACUUAGGUGGCCUGCCAAACGGCAGCGGGCGUUACAUUUCUCCUGCUCCAGGAGCCGAGGCCAAAUAUCGCAACGCCGGCGGGACGUCCAGCCUCUUCAACUCCAGCAGCCAGCUGUUCCCCCCCAUCCGGCCCCGCUACAGCCGCUCGGACGUCAUGCCUUCCGGCCGCAGCCGCCUGCUCGAGGACUUCAGGAACAACCGCUUCCCGAACCUCCAGCUACGGGAUCUGCCGGGUCACAUGGUGGAGUUCUCUCAGGACCAGCAUGGAUCCAGAUUUAUUCAGCAGAAACUGGAGAGAGCGACUCCCGCUGAGAGGCAGAUGGUGUUCGGGGAGAUUUUACAAGCAGCGUAUCAGCUGAUGACGGAUGUGUUUGGGAAUUAUGUGAUUCAGAAGUUCUUUGAGUUUGGAAGCCCAGAUCAAAAACUGGCUUUGGCCACGCGCAUCCGUGGACACGUCCUCCCCCUGGCUCUGCAGAUGUACGGCUGCAGGGUUAUCCAGAAAGCUUUGGAGUCCAUUUCCUCAGACCAGCAGGUAAUUGCCGACAUCGUGAGGGAGUUGGACGGCCACGUGUUGAAAUGUGUGAAGGACCAGAAUGGAAACCAUGUGGUGCAGAAGUGCAUUGAAUGUGUCCAGCCUCAGGCUUUGCAGUUCAUCAUCGAUGCUUUCCAGGGACAGGUGUUUGUUCUUUCCACACAUCCUUAUGGCUGCAGAGUUAUCCAGAGGAUUUUGGAGCACUGCACUCAGGAGCAAACCCUCCCCAUCCUGGAGGAGCUGCAUCAGCACUCCGAACAGCUGGGCCAGAAAUAUCAAGCCGUAUCAUUGGAGAUGACACCCAAAACAUAUUAUACAGUGUCCCGUGAUGCACUGUUCAAGGAUCAGUAUGGUAACUACGUCAUUCAGCAUGUUUUGGAGCACGGCCGACCCGAGGAUAAGAGCAAAAUUGUGGCGGAGGUUCGAGGCAAAGUCCUCGCCCUCAGUCAGCAUAAAUUUGCAAGUAACGUUGUAGAGAAAUGCGUGAUCCACUCCUCGCGCGCAGAGAGAGCUCUGUUGAUAGACGAGGUGUGCUGCCAGAAAGACGGCCCCCACAGCGCCCUGUACACCAUGAUGAAGGACCAGUACGCCAACUAUGUCGUCCAAAGAAUGAUCGACAUGGCCGAACCGGCUCAGCGUAAGAUCAUCAUGCACAAGAUCCGGCCUCACAUCGCUACUCUCCGCAAGUACACGUACGGAAAGCACAUCCUGGCCAAGCUAGAAAAGUACUACAUGAAGAGCGGCACUGAACUGGGUCCAAUUGGCGGCCCCACAAACGGGCUUAUGUAGUCCCACCGACACCCCCGUAAAGUGGAGGAGUAGGACCCCCCGAUCUGUGAGAGAGAGGCUCCUUUUUUAGCCAUAGGUCGUUAGCCUUUGACAAACUCUUUCAUCCUUUCUUUUCUUUUUUUUUUUCCCCCUCCUCCUUCUUGGAGGGGAAGAAAAGUCACCUAAAAACGCUGUGACAACUGCCCCCCUCCACCCACGUCACUAUGCCGCCCCUGGUGCUGGACCCCAGUGUGGCUCCAAGGGCCCGUGCAGUGAGCUAGCUUUUGUUGAGUUCUCCCCGGGCAAAGCACAAGUUCCGUGUCAACGAUGUGAUCAAUGUUUUCAUAUUAUCUUGUAUAUUUAGUUUUUUACCUUGUAAAUUCUCUAUACAAAACAACAAAAAAAAAUCACAAAAAAUCUUGUUAAACAUUUGCUGAAAUUCUUACAGUUAACACCAGCAAGUGACUUUGUAAAGUUUUCAAAGCCGAUUUUGAUUUCUAACCAGAUGUAUUAUGUCAUCCAGUCUGGGCGGUUGAAUAAUAUUUGUACAGCAUCCCUCACAGAGUAACGUAUUGUCCCAUGCCAAAGGAGCUGAUUGAUUAAAGAGGAAUUGCGUCAUAAAAACGAGGACCCCUCUAUCCACAGGCGAGUAGCACGUGUUUACCCAGAAGCCUUCAGGACACAAGGGUAUCUUUUGAUAGUGUUUCUUUUUCUUGCCUCCGUUUCCAGACCUGGUGGGGGGGUUUACUGCAGCAGCAUAGAUUUUUAUUUUAUUUUUUUUUCUUUUAAAUGUCACUAAUGCUGCUGUCUGUUCCAGCCGUUCUACUUUCCUCCGUCCAGGUGGGGGUUAUGCAAGAAGAAGAGCACGAUUUACAAACAUGAAAAUGACCAUGGAGUUUUUUGGGAGUGGAGAAUGUGUCGGCAUGCGAGUUUUAAUCUUUUAAAUUCCUUCUUUUUUUUUUUUUUACUUUGUGUAACAUUUGUCUUGUAGUUUUGAAAUGAACACUGCUCUAGAAAAACUAUAUCUUUAUGUACUAAAUAAUCAACUCUUGCUUAGAAGUAGUUUAGCGAUGUAUAUCUUUUAUGUACGAGUAAAAUUGUUGCUUUUUGGGUAGAAGGGCAGCAGUGAUGGAACCCCAAACCGCCUGACAGAAAAAAUGAUUCUGCUUUUAAAUUUGAUCUUUUUUUUAAGUGUUUUAUGAGGCGGGGGGCGGCGGCCAUCCCUGAAAACGCUUGUAGUAAUGGCUUCUUUGCUUCAUAUGGAUUGUAGAUUAUAUGUAGUAUAUGUGCAGGUAAUAAGUGUAAAAUUAUUAGUUGGAAUUGAAAACUAUGUCUAGUUGUGGUGCUUGCUCUAAAUUUGUAGUGAUGCUUUUAUUUCGUCUGUACAGUUGUACAUUUGUAAACGUUUAUGCUGUAAAUGGGAUGUCUUUUACACUUUUUUGGGAGGGGGAAAAAAGGCAAAAAUGUGCAUUUAGAUGUGUGUAUAUUCAUCACUCCUUUCCCCCUUGAACAUAAUGUAUACAGUUUUAUUUGAUCAAGUGUUAUUUUAAAGAAAAAAAAUCUUUAUGGCUUCACAAUCUGGAUUUUUGGGGGUUUUUAAUUUGUGGAAAGGCCGGCCUCUAUUUGUACUGAAGCUGUAACAUCCACUGUUGAUAGUCUGAUGUGUGACAGUUUCAAAAGGAAUCACUCUGCACCAAAACGGAGGGAGCAUUUUAGUCCUCCGCUUCCACAAAAACAGGAUAUGAUGAAUUAUUUUUGUACAGAAGAGAGCUGUAUUUUGGAACAGCUACGACCUUGUAAGCAAAAGCAAUGUAAAAUACUGUCAAUUAUAUAAAUAUGAACAUAUGAGUUUUGUCACACUGUCAGUCAUGUACAUUUUCAGGUGGCCUUAUGUACAUUUCCAGAUGUUAGAUGAAGAAAACAAACUCACUUUUGGAAGCAGAAAUAUGACGAUGUAUGAUUAAACUGUUCUUCUAACAUU